GUGGUGGCCUGCGGUGCCUGGAGCGGGACACGCCACGCGGGAAGCUGCGGUAACUGUUUAUGCGAACAGCGAUUGCGUAGACGUGCGUGUGCGUGCUGGCAAGUAUAUGUACGAUAAUUUAAUUAAUUACUUGUAACUAUAGUAUACGACCCAUAGAACUGCUACAUCUUCACAGCGACUUGCCCAACCCAUUGGUUCAGGUUCUUCUUCCGGCAUCUCGCGGUAGACGCUUAUUGCAGCGCGUCUCGUCCACUAGAACCAGCACCGCUACAGCACCCAGCGCAGGCUUUAUUGGCCCAAGCCCCCACCAUUGUUUAGUUGCCACUGACAACGAACGGUCCUCGCAAACAAAACAGCUGUCGUCUUAACGGCCGCGUAGCCUGUUUCCAAGUUUUGCCCGCCAUCGACGCCGCUAAGCAUCGCCGUGUUGUCUUCGUUUCUUCUUUUUUGCUUUGCUCGCAUCUUUUUCCCCUUCAUCACAGGCAUUCUCCAUCGCCUUUCAUCAAAAUUGCUUAACUCAUUCCACAGGCUAGCCCUUGCCCUCCACAACGUGAGACAUCAAUUGCGACUUCUGUCCUCUUUUGUCUCACAAGCCCGCGCGAGCCUGCAGGUCCGUUGUCAAAGCGCGAAACAGGCCAUUUCACCCUCUUAUUUUGGCCUUUUUCUUUUCAACGGCGCGUCGCUUGUCUGCCAUCUCACAUCUUGACGCAACCAAGCAGCUACCGAUAGUUCACAAUGGCCGACGUCGAAGACUACCUCCAAGAGGGCUUCGACCCCCGCAGCGUCACCAUCCCACGAUUGCGAUCCAUCCUCGUCACACAUAACGUGGAUUAUCCAUCGAGCGCGAAGAAACCUCAGCUUGUAGAACUCGUUACCGAACAUGUUCUCUCCCAAGCAGCCAAGCUUCGCGCCCAGCGAGCGCGCGCAAAGCGUUCGAGUCUCGGUAUCGUCAACGCCGGUAGUGCUCAAGAUACUAGUGGCUGGGACGAUGACGAGCUUUCUCCCCCUCGCAGCGUCCGUCGAUCCAAGUCGCCGCGCAAGAGCUCUGGCAGAGUAAAGGUGGAAGAGGAAGAAGAUUUCUCGCGAGCCCGCACAGCUUCCACCCGCCUGUCACGAUCGGUUAGCCGUCAGCUUUCCAUGGAGCCCGAAGAUAUUGCAUCUGCCCGCCGCGCGCGCCGAACGGUUACCCCUCAGAUUAAACCAGAGCCUGAGCAAGUCGAAGAGGAGGACGAUGAGUCCACUGUCUAUGAUGAAGAACCUAGCGUCUUUACCGACGACAACCCCUUCCAGAGCGGAAGCUCGCCUCUGCCGGAAUCUACACCCAGAGCAUCUGCUUCACGUCGACGCACAGCCGGUAGUGACGUUAACAAGACAGCCAAGUCUGCUCGAAGACGAACUGCAGGCACCGAAUACCUGCGAACAAGUGCGACUCCCGAACCAACACGCCGUGGCAAGACACCCGAAUUCCACUUUGAAGCUGGCGAGGAGUUUACUCCCGAAGCUCAGCUUGAGUUGGAGGAGGCAUCAGCCUCAGGCGAAGUUGUGCCGGUUAGAAAGUCAUCAGCUCCUCGCCGCCAAGGAAGCAUCAAGACUCCCUUCUUCGUGUUGCUCAUGGCACUUGUUGGUGCUUACAUGGCCUGGUAUCGCCAGGAAAAAAUUGCUGUUGGCUACUGUGGACUUGGACGCCCUGCCAAGCAAAUCAUUCCCGACGAUAUUCCAGUGCCUGAUGCUUUGCUUCCCUUUAUUGAGCCUCUUUGCGAGCCAUGCCCCAAGCAUGCCUUUUGCUAUGAAGACUUUUCUAUUCAGUGCCAGGAUGACUUCAUUCUUCGGCACCACCCUCUGUCUCUUGGCGGACUUGUUCCCAUUCCCCCCACCUGCGAGCCCGACAGUGAGAAGGCUAGACGAGUCAAGGCCGUCGCUGAUAAGGCCGUGGAAGAGCUCCGAGAGCGCCGUGCCAAGUUUGAAUGUGGUGAGCUUACGGAUGAUGCCGGCCAGCCCUCGGAUACACCUGCUGUUGCUGAGGAAGAGUUGAAAGAAUCUGUUAGCAGAAAGAGAGCCAAGAAGAUGAGCAACAAGGAGUUCGAUGAGCUCUGGGAAGCUGCCAUUGGCGAUAUCACUGAUAGAGAGGAGAUUGAGGUCACCUCUCAGACCACCGAGGUCGAAGACGAUUCCGUUCCUGAUCCAACAGAGAGACCAGUGCCACCCAUUUUUCAACGCGAUACCUAUCGAGCACCUCUCUCGCUCGCAUUUCAAUCUCGUGCGCCGUCAAGCGCGCCAUCCGAAGCAGACUGGCAAGAUAUCGACUCCCAAUUGGACUUGUAGGUCUAGUCUUGCUUGGUAUUGCCUAUCUGCGAUCUCGCUACCGUCAGCAUCUGGCUACAGCCGCACAAGUGCCGGCUCUUGUGGACCAGGUGCUCGGCAAGCUUGCCAACCAAAAAGAGUUGGGUGAUGAGGAUUUGGAUGACGCUUGGCUGUUUUUGCCAAACUUACGAGACGAUAUAUUACGAUCUGUGCAUUCGCUUUCGGAACGGGAGAGAAUAUGGCGUAGUGUCAAGGCCGUUGUAGAACAGAACAGUAACGUUCGUACCAGCCAACGCGAGGGACGCAGCGGCGAGGUCGGCCGUGCUUGGGAGUGGAUUGGCCCCGUUAAUGGAGAGGGCGUUCGCAGGCGGCGAAGCGGAAGAGUCUCCUGGGGACUAGACGCCAGCAUUAAUACUCCCAAACCUGUGGCGAACACAGCAGAAAUGAAGAAAUGGGAAGAAUCACGGCCAAUCUAUUAGGCUUGUGUCAGAAAAGGAAAAGGGGCGGCGGCGUUAUGUGUAUGCUUAUUUGAUAUCGUUUUUUGGAGAACAUGUACUGCUUUUUUCAUCUUUUUAAAUUGCUCUAGUCACAGUUUUGUUUCUUCAAUCUUGACUGUUGUUGAAUCUCUAUGAUUAUUCCUAUUUGUUAGAGAGCCUUGUAGGCCACACCCAUCGCACUCGCCACUAUAAUUCACGCAUUGAGAAAAAACAGCGGUUUCUAGUUAAACAGUGUGACUAGUGUCUCGAUUGAAAUAGCUAAUGCACAGGGGUAGAUAUAUGCACAAAGGGGGUGUUGUAACAAAGGGAAUAGUAGCUCGUCCUUGUAUUCUAGACUCUAGACUUUUAC